AUGAAAUUUGGUGACAGAGUUAGAGAGAGAUCCAAAUUGCAAAGAGAGAGAGAAAAAUGGCGAGCCUGGAUUUGACGUAUAAGGACUAGUCUGGCUCUUGAGCUCUAAUGGGACCUUUCUAUUAAUGAUUAACAGUAACAGGAACCCGUAAUUUCGCCAGUAAAGCAGAACUCACCCUAAUUCCUUUACUUUCUACUCACAUAGUAACUGUCCAUGUCUGCAACCUUUCGCGUUGGGCUUAACCAGAGAAGCCAUCUUCUUCCCCUUCCAUGCCAUGGCGGUGUUACCAGUUCCUACUCUAGGAGUCCUCCUUCAGUUGACAUGCCCCUCACUGAUGAAGCUUUUAGGCCGCCUCCUGGUUUCAAUGCUCCUGAACAGGUUCAUAUAACACAAGGAGACCAUGAGGGGAGAGCCAUGAUAAUCUCAUGGGUCACACCCCUUAAGCCAGGGCCCGGCAAGCUGGUAUAUGGUUCUGCAGAGAACAAGCGCAUGCACAUGUCUCGAAGCAACGUUUAUACUUACAAGUUCUACAAUUACAAAUCAGGAUACAUUCAUCACUGCACCAUCAAGAACCUUGAGUAUGAUACGCAAUACUUCUAUGAGAUACUAAGUGAGACCAAGAACGCCAGCCGCCAAUUCUUCUUCAAAACUCCUCCCCCAACUGGACCCGAUGUUCCAUACACUUUCGGCGUCAUGGGGGACCUUGGUCAGACACUUGAUUCAAAAAACACACUAGAUCACUACAAUUCAAAUCCAAAAGGCCAAACCAUGCUAUUUGCUGGUGAUCUCUCUUAUGCGGAUGAUCACCCAUUUCAUAAUAAUAUCCGUUGGGAUACUUGGGGCCGAUUCGUCGAGAAAAAUGCGGCCUACCAACCGUGGAUUUGGACACCGGGGAAUCACGAGAUUGAUUUUGCUCCUGAACUUGGUGAGACAGUGCCUUUCAAGCCAUACAAACAUCGGUAUCAUGUGCCAUACAAAGCAUCGAACAGCACAUCACCACUUUGGUAUUCUAUAAAGCGUGCAUCAGCCUAUAUCAUUGUCCUUUCUUCUUAUUCUGCAUAUGGAAAGUAUACUCCUCAAUAUCAGUGGCUCCAAGAGGAAUUUCCCAAAGUGAAUAGAAGUGAAACGCCGUGGGUAAUUGUCCUCUUACACUCACCGUGGUAUAAUAGUCUCGACUACCACUACAUGGAAGGGGAGAGCAUGAGGGUAGCAUUUGAAUCAUGGUUUGUGAAGAACAGAGUUGAUGUUGUGUUUGCUGGCCAUGUUCAUGCCUAUGAACGAUCUGAACGCAUAUCAAACAUAGCAUAUAACAUCACCAAUGGGUUGUCCACUCCAGUUAAGGACAAUUCAGCUCCUGUCUACAUAACAAUUGGUGAUGGCGGAAACAUGGAGGGAAUAGCCAACAGGUUUACAGAACCUCAACCGAGUUAUUCAGCUUACAGGGAGCCAAGCUUUGGGCAUUCAAUUUUCGAUAUAAAGAAUCGAACACAUGCUUAUUACACUUGGCACCGGAAUCAGGAUGGGAAGGCAGUUGCAGGUGAUUCUGCAUGGUUUUAUAACAGAUAUUGGAAUCCUGUGGUAGAGCCUAGCUCUGGCUAAUAUGGAAAGAUAUAUUUUGCUUCGAUCAUUGCCUUAGGGAUUUGUAGUCUAUGUUUUUUCAGAUACUCGUUCUAUUUUCAUUUUUAUUUUAUCUUAGUGAUUUAAUACGAUUACUUUUGUAGGAGACUUUUAAAUCAUUUUAUUUCCACGGCAUUUAGCGAAC